UUUGUUUGGAGUUAUUAAUCUUUGAUUUAAUAUUAAACAUAUAAAUUACACUUAACUUAUCAAUGAUGAGAAUCAUCCAACACCCACUGAACAGCAAAAUAGAUAACAGCAUAUUUUUGUUUUAAAUAUUAAAAAUAAUUAUAUUUUCUCCUUAUGUAUUUUUGGAUUUAAUCAAUAUGUAUACAUGUUUUUAAGAUGAUUGGCCAAGCGAAAUACUUUGUGUUAUAAUUGGAAGUGACAAUCACAGUGAUUUUAAGUUCAAUGUAGCCGAAAUACCAGAUGGUUGUGAUGUAAUUAUUAUAGGUCAAUAUUAUAUUGACAGGAAUAAUAAUGUUGUUAACCAUACAACAAAAUCUGAUGAAGAUGUAAUGAGAGCCUUGCAUACAGCUAACAAGGUUGUUUAUACAAAACUUGGAAUAUAUUAUAAGGAUAGUAGUUGGACCUCAAUAUUUGCUCCUAUGGAUGAGGAACGACAAAAGAAUGAAAUAAUUGGUCCAUUAGUCAAUUUUUUAAAUGAUUUUAAAAUUAGCGGUCUUAUCUUGAAUAUAUAUGCAAUUUAUGAUGUCAUGGACAAUUUUCCCCAAAAAAUAAGUACAUUUAUUAGUCAAGUCAAACAAGGAGUAAAACAUAAAAUAAUUUUUGGAUUAAUGAUAGAUGCAUAUACCUAUACAAAAUUUAGUGAUCUUUCGGCUUUCGAUUUUACAAUAACAAAUGGUGUGUUGGAUAUUUAUUUAAUUAACUAUUUUAGUAUAAACAUUUGUGAUUCAGAGGGAAAGAUAUAUGGUUUGGCUCCAGUAACAUGCCCAAGUCCUAAUAUGACGACAAUGGAACAAGUGACUUCAGCUGUAACUAGUUCAAAAAUGGAUAAGUCCAAAGUUUAUGCUUGGUUACAGAGUGUAAUAAUGAUCCCAGAUGAUCAACCGCCAAUAUAUGAUGUGCAAUAUACAACGUAUUCUAAGUAUUGUAGCAUUAAUACCACAAAUUCAACUCUCUGGUGUCAGAACCGUCCACAGCUUUCACAUGACCAAGUAAAUAUUUUUAAAUCAUAUUUAAUCUCUGAUUAUACAACGGGAUUUAAUCAUAAAGGCAGACAAAUCCAAUACACAGAUAUCUAAAGAUAGAUAACAGGAUAUGAAAUAAUAUAAAAUGUAUUAAGAACAACUAAGUGUGAUAUCUAAUGCACUCUAAGGAAG